AGUAAUUUAAUAGUGUACUAGAUUCUGACCCGCCCUUUCGAAGGGCGGGUAUACUUUUUGUUUUCAUUUUUUAAAAGAAAUUUAAUUUUUAUAUUUUUUUUGUCAUCAUAUUUAUGUUAUUCUUUAUAAUCAUAUUUGUGCAUAAAUUUUAAUCAAAAAAUAUUAUAUAAAAUAAUAGUAACUUAAAAAUUGACCCGGCAUACUCUAUUUUCUUUAUAAUCAUAUGUAUGUAUACCUUUUUUUUGUAAUCAUAUUUAUUUAUUCUAGAUUUUUACCCGCACGUAUAAUGUUACUUUAUAAUUUCUUUAUUUUUUGUAAAUAUGUAACAUUUUUUAUAUGUUAAAAAAAAUGUUUGUGUAUAAUAUUUUUAAAAAUUAUUAGUAUUAAAACAGUCCUAAUAUAUUAAAAUAUUCUUAAAAUGAUUUAAGUAUCUGCAUUGGAGAUGAAUCUAAACCUGUAUAAUAAUGACCUAUCAAAUGCUUCAAAUAAUUUAUGAGAUUGUUAUCGAAAGUUUUUAAAAACAAAAAAGAGAUGCAUCUUAUCAUAUAAAUCUAAACCGUCAGAAGUCGGUUAAUAUACGUAGGUGAUAGAACCUGGGUCCCACCACUAUUAGAAUUUUUAUGAAAAAUAAAAGGAAUACGGUUAUAAACUUAUACCCAAAUUUUAGAUGCAGUAAUAUUAUUAAGUUGGACACAACAUAUAUCAAUGGGUCAUGAUCCUAAUUUAAUAGUAUUGAUUCAUUAGAAAGAGGAAUUAAUUUAAAAAUCAUACAUAUUGAAAACCAUAUUUUUAUUUUAUUUAUUAUAUUUUGAAUAUAUAUUAUAUAUUAUCGAUGGAACUAUAGAAAUGAUAUGAUUUUCAUGUUUACGAACCAAAAUAUAGUUUUGGUUUAAGGAUUUAUAUUCUUUCUGAUUUAUAAUAUAUGGUGUUUAAAAAAGUUUAUUGUUUCAAAAUAUAAAAUAUUUUGAUCAUUUUAUAUUAACUUUAGUUUUAUCAAAAAAUGAUCAACCAAUUACAUCUUACAAUUCUUUUCAUGAUUGGUCAAAUUAUUUUUAAUUUAUGUAUUAGUAAUGUUUUUACAGAAAACUAAAUGUCUUAAUCUUGUGUCUUUAGACAUAACAUUUUACAUUACGAAACAAAGUGAAUAUUUUUCUUAAGUUGAGCUUGGUCAGGUUAAAAUUAGGUUAAUUUCAUACUAUUCGGUUACUUUUGUGAUUUUCCUGAGCUUAAUUAAAUGUACAAAUCUCAUAGGUAGAUUUAAACUUUUAACAUUAAAUUCAUAGUUCAAUAUUUACAAUUUAAAAAAAUAGUUUUAAAAACUAAACACGUAAAUUAUUCAUAGGGGCACAUUUAUUGUCUUAAUUUUUAAUAAAUGUUAAUUUUAAAUAUUUUAUGUUAUAUCUUGUCACAAAAGAUAUUUUUAAUGUAAUUUAAGAGUAUAUCUCUAGUUAGAUCGGGCCUAAUUUAGGUUGCAUUGGAUAAUAAACCCCAUUGGAAUGGCCCAACUAACUUAUGCGUUUAUAAUAAUCUGCAGACUCUCCUUUGCGUGGCGAAACCAUCUUACCUUCUAACUCUCCUCGAGCGAAGUAGUACCCGAAGUAACUAUCUCAAACGCUUGCCGAAGAUCCUCCGCGAGCUGCUUCGCCAGAGAAACUGGAGAGAAGAGAGCGGUGUGCUUAGCGUUCUGAUGCAAGGGACAGUGAGAGAUGGUUCUCCGACCAUUAAUCGGCUCAAAUACGAGGUUCUGCCUGGUUCGUGUUUUGAAAGAUGGAGUUGCAUUUGAUCCCGCUCUUACUAAGAUUCUUGGUUAGUAGUACUUUAGAGUAUGGCUCACAACCAGUUCUGUUGACCUGACCUCAUGGCUUCUCUGUUUUGUUAAGGGGACAUGGAUCCAUGGUUGCUUCCGUUGAAACCGCCAGAAGAUCAUGAUUGUCAUAGAAAGAUAGUCAAUGACUCUUAUUAUAAGGACGCAGUAGAAUAUAUGCGGCUUACUAUGCAGUCUCCUCGCUAUGUAUCUUUAGCUGCAUUACAUCCACUUGUACAACUUCUCUUAAUUGGAGGUCUUGUAGAUGAAGCCAUGAAAGUGGUUGAGGAGAUGUGCAACAAAGUACAUGACAUCAAACCUUUCAGGAUUAAGGCAGCUAUGAUGGAGAAGUUUCAUCAUCACAACGACUUGCUAGCAAAAUGCUACGAAGAUAUCUUGAAGAUUGAUCCUAGUUGUGUAACCACCCUGAAGAAGCUUAUUGUAAUGUCAAUAACGAUCCAAUAUAGUAGAGAGUCUUUGAUCGAAAUGAUAGCAUUGCAUGUAGAAGCUUCUUUUCCCGAGCCUAUAAUCUGGAAAGAGUUUGCUGAGAUCUUGAUUCUCUUCUUUGAGAAUGCUGAUGAAGACAGAAUGUCGGUGUGCCUAGACGGAUCUGGAGAAGAAGGGAGUCAGCAAACAUACUCUGUUAGAUACAACUCGACACCUAGAAUGUUCACUGAGACAUCAUCAUGGACACUUCGAGCUAAGUGGUGGCUAAACCGCCAUUUCUCCCCUGAGAUACUCGAGGCAGAAAUGAGAAACGGUACAGGAUAUUUGGAGAUGAUGAGAUUGAUGAGUUACAAAGCGGCAUGUGCUUGUCGUAUCUACGGACCAGAGUUUAGUUAUGUGACUAAAGUUUAUGGUCUGCUGGAGAAUAAUAGGAACAACAUUUGUAUGCUGGUGGAGAAUGGUAGUAACAACAUAGGUAGUAGGUUAGUGAAAUAUAGCAAUAGUUUAGAGUUAUUCAACUUUUUGCAAAGACACAGACACAAUUGGAACAGGAUAUACAAUUUAGAAUAGUUUUUACACGUUACAUUUUUUGUUUUAAUAAUUUUUCACUGUAAUUUUGUAUUAUUGUAAGAUUUAUUUUGAUGUAGCAUUAUACUGGCAUCUGCAAAAAAUUUGAGGUUUCAUAAGAUACGUGAGAAGUAGUACCACCCAAGAAAAACAUGUUUACACAAGUUUAAUUAUAUUUUUGUAGCCAUUUGAAUCUACUGUUGCUUUUUUAUCUCCUUGAUUAUCUGGAGUCAUCGUUACUUCGUCAUCCUCUUCUAUUACAAAUUCACAACUUGUUCAAACCAUUACCAAAGCUAAAGCCAUAUGUAACCAUUAAACAUGUUUUACUUAAAAGGCAAGUUACUUUAGCUUUAGGUCAACACAGAUAAUAAAAAGCCUAAGCAAUUGGUAUUUUUAACUUCAAAUGGUAUUAUGGUAUAAUAGAGGAAACUCUAUUCAACACCAGUUCUAUUUCUUCAUGUAAAAUAGAAAUUGCUAUUUUUCUUCUAUAUUUAUAUAUUCGGGUGAAUAAAUAGCUUUCAUGUGUAGCAACUCAAUCUUAUCUCUUCAUUAGAUUAAGUUGGGUUUAACUUAUUCAAAGUGUGAGGAAUUAGGGUUGAUUAAACACUUUUGUAAUGCCCAUUUGAGCUUCAUAAUGUAUGAUUUGGCGACAAAAAAAUUAAAAAUUAAAAAUUAA